UGGCUCCCCUGCUCAGUAGCUGUACCAGCGCUCCAUCUGAAAUGUCCUGUGCAGGUACUUUCAGCCCCGCCACUAUCAAUCUUGUUCAAAAAAGUUGGUCAACUGUGAAAGAGAAGGCCGGGGACGAUGGAGAUCGGAUAGUCUCAAUGCUUGUUUUCAAGAACUUCUUUGAUGACUAUCCAUCGACCAUCAGAUACUUCAAGCGGUUUGGAAAUGACCCCGAAACAAUUAUGAAACAUGAAACAUUUAUAGAACAUGCGAAAAAAAAUGUUUUUAAUUCAUUAGAUAAGACCAUUGGAGUUUUGGAGGAACCUGAGGAAAUUAAAGAAAUAGAAGAAUGGAUGGGAAAAAUACACCGGCCUAAAAGGAUCCCAAGAGAAGAUUUUAUGAAUUUGGGAAAAUGCAUUGUUAAGUCUCUCAAACAAGCCUUGGGAGAUGAAUGCACAAAAGAAGAUGAAGAAGCUUGGAAAACCGUCAUUGAUGGCUUGAUGUCUGCUUUUGCUGAGAUCAGUUCAAAAUAAAUUGCAAACAAGACAUUGAACUGCGCAUGUGUACUUCAAUUUAGGCUAUUAACUAAAUACCAAAGAAUAUAAUAUACUAUUAUCAUAAAUAUAUAAUAAUAUGUAUACAAACUAAUGAUGUUUAGUGAUAAUUAUUAAUUGACACUUAACAUUUAAAGUGAAUUUCAUUAUUAAAUUUGAAAUUUCAUACUCUCUGAAAUAUUAUGUUUUUAAAAGUUUGUACAUAAAAUAUGUUUCAUGCAUGUUUUACUUUGUUAUGCUACCCCUAUUGUUUAAUAAAAUAAAAAGUUGAAAAAGAACAAUAUGAUUCUUAAAAUCACAUGGUAGAAUUGUUACAAUGUUUAAUAUUGAC